UGAAAAAGCAGGCAGGAACAAGCAAAGCUCAAUUGCCAAGAUCACACUGAACAGUAUGGACACAGACAAGAAAAAUGUGGUUCUAAGAGAAGGAUUCCUGGUGAAAAGGGGUCAUCUUGUACACAACUGGAAGGCUCGCUGGUUUGUGUUGAUGUCAGACAAGCUGCUGUAUUACAAGUACGAAGGAGGCAAAAGGGACUCAUGUCAGCGAGGGAAAAUCCUACUGAAGGACUGUGAAAUAACUUGUCCUUUUCUGGAGUAUGAAAGUCGACCGUUGGUGUUCAAGCUCCAGACAAAGAAUGGGGUGGAUCAUUUUUUGGAGGCUUGUUCCCGUGAGGAGAGAGAUGACUGGGCAGCUGACAUCACCGCUGCGGUCGACAAGCUGCGGACGACCGAAGGUGGGAGGAAGACAAACCAACCGGAACCUGCUGAAUCCCAGUUACACGACAUCAAUCUGAGCAAAGUGUUGGAUUCCAUGUACGACAUCCACAGUGGAAUCAGGAUGAGCAACCAUGUAGAGCAGGGCAGCACUUACAGCAACUGUUUCUCAGGUUCAGAGGUGGUGGACUGGCUGGUGUUCUCGCAGCUGGUUCUGACCCGUGUGGAGGCCAUGACGUUGGCCUCGGCCCUGCUGGAGGAGGGUUUCCUGCGGACCAUCGGCCUGAAGAGUGUGGAGGCUCUCCGCACCGCCGGCCUCAGUGAGCAGUUUAUGGACGACUCCACUGCGCUGUACAGCUUUUCUGACAGUUUGAAGAAGAGAGGCAGUGUGAAGGCUGAGACCUCGCUGUCUGCAGUAGAGCUGAGUGGAAAAGUGAUAAAGAGGGGAUAUCUACUCAAACAGGGCCACAGAAGGAAGAACUGGAAGGUGCGACUGUUUGUGCUGCGUUCAGAGCCGGCUUUCCUUCACUAUUUUGAUCCAACAAAGGAUGAUAUCAGCCCCGUUGGUGGUUUCUCACUGCGAGGCUGUCUGGUGUCUUCUCUGGACGAUAAUGGCGUUCCCUCAGGCGUGAAAGGCAACAUUCAAGGCAACUUGUUUAAAAUCAUCACUCAGUCGGACACACAUUACUUCAUCCAGGCUCCGACCCACCAGGAGAAGAUGGACUGGAUAGAUGCAAUCAGAAAGCAGACAUAGAGCAGUGGAUUAGUUCAUUUAUCCAGCUAUGAAGAAGACUUUGACUUUACACAUUCCAUGAAUGUUUACUGUAGCAACAAACUGGGAACAUGCAAUCAGAUGAAAGUGUUGAUGGAUACAUUUCUGUUCAUUUAUCUCAAAAAUAAUUCUGUAUUUUAAAGUUUGUGCAAUGAGGAUUUAAAGGGCUUUAAAAGCCCAACAGUUGUAGCAGUUUCUCUUGAAAUCACUCAGUUUUAAUGUGUUUUAACAAUGUUAUCAUUAUUAAGCAUAAUCAUUAUGACUUUAUUCUCCACAUUAAAUGUUUACAUCACUCCAGACACCAGUGGUGAAAAGUACAUUUAAUUUUAAGCAACUUGUAUUUUACUUAAAUAUUUAAGUUUUCGGCUAUUUUACACUUGUACUACAUUUAAGAAAUAAAUACUUUACUAAC